AUGUCACUCUCAGUUUUGGUACCAGACCAUACAGGCAAGUCGGUAUACGCAACACCACCGCAAAGUCCCACUGAAUUUCCAGUCCACGAUCCUUUCGCGAACCCUGAAAAUGAGAAUGGAUACGACCCAGGAUUGAAAGACGAACAAUUUAAAUCAAGUGCCGACGCUAUCUACCAUCUCGCGCAAAUCAGCGCCAAUGGCUCACCUCCACGAGCAAGCCCACCUGAUAUCCCAUCAAAGAUUCCACAACGACCACCGGAACGACCCGCGCCGACUGUGGAAGACGAUAAACCAUCCAUUCCUCCUAGGCCAGUUGGAAGAGAAAUUCCGCUGGUCUCUCAGUCUGAGAAAGAGCCUCCACAGCUUCCAGCAAGACCACCAAGCCAACCAGAGCGUCGUGCUCCCAAACCAACCCCAGAUCUUCCGACAAGAGCUGCGCCUGCGCCGUUCAAGCAGAGAGUUACGCUGCCGCCGCCGACAAUUCCUGAGGAGACGAGGGAGCAAGUUCGAGAUCCGGCGUUGAAGUAUAGUAGACAUCCAGAGAGAUUGGUUGCGUACUUGAUACCGCUGCCGAAACCGAAACUUACCAAGCAGUUGGAGAGAGCAGAUGAGUUGCCUGAGCGAUACUUAUUGUACACUCCGCCAAGACCGCAUUUACUGAAGCCGGUGAAGGGUGUCAAGGAGAAGAAAACGCAUUGGGGGAGGAGGAAGUUGCAGGAGCAGGUGGAGCAAGCAAAGAAAUACGAUGGAAAGACUUUCUCUUGGAGGGGCUUACAUAGCAAAACAACGAGGGGCGUCAUGUGGGCAAUUCACCGAAUCCGAGCUACAGACAUUGUGUUUCUGGGGCGUAUUGAGAACAAAGAAGUUAACGAAAUCGUUCUCGUCUACCCCAACACCGUAACGCACUCCAUCCCCGAAGUCCGCGACGAAUUUAUCGCUCAGAUAACACGUACCAAACGUCGCGCCGCCAAAGAAACCGCCAUCUCCACAUUCCUCCUCCCCGUGACCCUCGUAAUCGACACCUUUGCAGCAGUCUUCUGGCCAUUCGGCGGACUCCUCGAAAUCGACGCCGUAUGGUGCUACGCGGCCACCAGAGGCUGGUACACAUCCCGCAAGAUAACCAAGCGUCUCGGAGCUCGCGAAUCGAGAUUCAAACAGUACGGCAGCACGGAACGAGAUCUGUUCUUGCGGUUUCACCAGGACCCUGAAAUUGAGGUGCUGCAAAGGUAUGUAGCUGAAGCGUGCCAUAAGAAGAAUCCGGAUAUGUUUGAUAGCGCUGGUGUGCCGCCUACGGAGACGGAUGUUGCCAAGGCGAUUGGUUGGAGGCCUGUUGUGAGGGGAAAGGCGGGUGGGAUGAGGGCUGAGGGGGAGACGGGGUGGGCGGAUGAGGAGUGGCAGAGGGUGGUCUUUGCAGAUGAUUUGAAGGCUGUUUCGGAGAGGGUGGCGAUCAGUUGGGGACAUUGGGGGAAGAAAUUCGAGAAGAAGCCGGAUAAGGCGUUGAAGAGGUAGGUUGGAGGACUUGUUGCCACAGUUGAGAGGAUACGUCUUGGGGUUUGGCUGUGGGUAUUUCGAGUUCAAGGAGCACCAGUUAGUCGUUAGCUAAGAUAAAGAGAGGAAAUCUCAUGUGUGAACACCAG